CCAAGAGAGGGAAACCAGAGGGGCCUGCUCCUUGACCGACGCCAGAAUGCGCUUCUCCACCAUCACAGCGAGCUUCCUCCUCUUUGUGGUGGUCCAGCUCUCAGGGCAAAGCGGAGCCAACCCUGUGUACGGCCCUGUGUCCAACGCAGAUCUGAUGGAUUUCAAGAAUUUGCUGGACCAUCUGGAGGACAAGAUGCCUUUAGAAGAGGAGGUUGUGCCCCCACAAGCACUAAGGGAGCAGAAUGAAGAAGCUGGGGCAGCUCUCAGCCCCCUCCCUGAGGUGCCUUCCUGGACUGGGGAGGUCAGCCCAGGCCAGAGAGAUGGGGGUGUCCUGGGGCAGGGCCCCUGGGACUCCUCCGAUAGAUCUGCCCUCCUGAAGAGCAAGCUCAGGGCCCUGCUCGCUGCCCCUCGGAGCUUGCGGAGGUCCAGUUGCUUUGGGGGCAGGAUGGACAGGAUUGGCACCCAGAGUGGACUGGGCUGCAACAGCUUCCGGGUAAGAAGAACUGGGUGUGGAAAUGGGAUGGGGUGUCAAAAAAUUUUUUGA